UCGAGAGAUAAGUAUAUAUAUAUAUAUCAUUUCUCGCUUAUCGAUCCUUUUGAAAAUACAUUAAGGUUUUGUCCGCAAUGCACUUUUCAGGACGAGGAAUUAACGCAGCCUACUGAUCUGUCAAGAAAUAUUUUACCGUUCAAUGGACGAUUCGCAAGGAAGGAACAAAAAAAAUGUCAGUCGCGUGGGACUGGAAGAUGGUUCGGGAAGAAAAGGGAGCACACAAAGGACAUCGGAUCCUCUCUGCGACGACACGGUGACGAUCGAGUGCACACCGGAAUACGUGAUGCUGCCGGGACGAGGAUCGAGUUCCGAGGAACGCAGGUCCAAGCGGAAGAUCAAGCGAAGAGUGGCCCCCAACGAGUCUCUCGUUAAACGCGGAAGAAAGGUUGUUGGCGAAAGUCGAAAUGGAAAUGGAAAUGGAAAUGGAAAUGGAAAUGGAAAUGGAGCUGCCAGUGACAGCAGCGUCAUCGGUUGUGCCAGAAGUUAUUGUUGCGACUUCUGCGGCAAUAGUUUUCCAACGAAGAAGGAACUCGUUCGCCACAUGAGGCUCCACAAGUACGUCUGCGACAUUUGCGACAACAAGUUCCAUCGGAAAAGUGAACUUAGGAAUCACGUGGCUUCGACUCACGGCCCGGAGAAGUAUCCCUGCGACGUCUGUGACUACGUGAGCCGAAACAAGUGGGCCCUGCAGGACCACUUUAUUCGCAAACAUACCGACGGCUUCAACUUCGCGUGCAAGCUCUGCGGCAAGGAGUUCAAAAUCAAGAAUGACUUGCAAACUCACAUGAAUCGCAGUCACAACGACGUGUGCGUCGUGUGCGACGUGUGUGGACACACGAACAAGAGUAUCCACGCGCUUAAAUGCCACAAGAAGUAUGCGCACUACAAGCCUAAAUUCGAGUGCAAGCUCUGCAAGCGCAGGAUGACUACGCAGGAGUAUCUCGAUAAGCACAUGCUGCGUCACGAGACCAAGGAGAGAAACGUCUGUCCGACUUGUGGGAAGACCUUCUGCGAGAAAUACGCGCUCGAUGUCCACCUGAUGAUUCACACGGGAGUGAAGCCUUUCGCUUGUCCCGUGUGCGGCAAAGCAUUCUCAAGGCAGACCGCUCAGGAGCAACACAUUCUUAUUCACAUGGGCAAGCGACCCUACACCUGCGACGUCUGUGGGCAGGCCUUCGCCCAGAAGCCGGGACUUAUCUGCCAUCGGAAACGUCAUCCCGGGCCGCUUCCACCCCUUCCCGUUGUCUCGGUCAAAAAUAUCGUCAGCGACUUCACUAGAGAAUACAUCAGGAAGAAUCAGACUGCUGCUCAAUGAAGUGAGAGAGUGCCUGUCCUAUUUGAAACUUGAACCUUGACCAUUUUGAGCAUAUGCAUCAUGCAUAUUGUUGCUUGUGUUUCUAUUGUUGCUGGUGGACCAAUAAAAGUCGCUCCGUCGAUUCGGAAGAUCUUAA